UAUGCCACAAUGAGCACUUUCUUCGAUUAUUCGGUCGUGAGCAGUGAGGGUGGGUCGUGUUCCGUGAGAGCUUUCCACCCGGAUCACGGGAUUACAACUUUCCAGUCGUGCGCCGUGACGGCGAACAACUGCGGCGCGGAUGAGCGCUUCAUGGCGAGCGGGGCUUCCCCGGACGACCACCGGCAGCGGCCGGGCUCGUACCAGCCCGCCGCGGGCAAUCUGGGUGUCGCUUAUGGCGCACACCCGGCCUGCGGCUCCAGCUACGGCGCGCAAAGUUUCUGCGCCUCCUACAACCAUUACGCGCUGAACCAGGAAGUAGACGCUGCCGCGGGCUUCGCACAGUGCGGCCCGCUCGUGUACUCGGGUAACCUUUCCACCUCCGUGGUGGCGCAGCAUCGCCAGGGUUACAGUGCCGCCCCUCUGGGUCAACUGCAGUAUGCCCACCCUGCCUACGGAGGCGGGCAGGAGCAAGCCACCCCCUUCCCGGGGUGCUCGAACCCUCUGUCCCCGCUGCAUGCCGCUCACCUGGAGGGAUGCUGCUCCCCUGUGUCCGAGGGAGCCCCCAAUGCUCAGACCUUCGACUGGAUGAAAGUCAAGCGGAAUCCCCCCAAAACAGGGAGGUCGGGUGAGUACGGCUACGGAAGUCAGCCCAACACGGUGCGGACCAACUUCACCACCAAGCAGCUGACCGAGCUGGAGAAGGAAUUCCACUUUAACAAAUACUUGACCCGGGCGCGGCGCGUGGAGAUCGCCGCCACGCUGCAGCUGAAUGAGACUCAGGUGAAAAUCUGGUUCCAGAACCGCAGGAUGAAGCAGAAGAAGCGGGAGAAAGAAGGAUUGCUCCCGGUCAAGGCCGUGCCCUCUGACCCCGGGGAGCGCCUUCAAGAGAAAAUGGACGACGCGGCGUCAGAGAAGUCUGUUUCGGCUCCUUCUACCCCCUCCCCUCCUUCCUCCGCGGUGUCCUCCACUGGGGCUGACCCUUACUGCUCCAAUUAA